AUGAAAGUUCAUGCUAAGGAAUGGUCAUUUUGGAAUAAGUUAUAUUAUGGGGAACCCCAUCAACCAAUUAGUUUACCAUCGGAAGAUCAACAAGAGAAUUUGGAAUCAGAUGCAACCGAUAAAUCAACUACAAGUUAUGGUACUUCUGAUUAUGAUAAAGAUGAUGAUUCUGAUUAUUAUUUUGAUGAAAAGAAAGGUUUAUUAGAUUUAGAAAAUCAAGAUCAAGAGUCAAAUGAAAAACAAGAACAACCUAUUAAGACUGCAAAAUGGUCAAGACGUGGUAUUCAAUUUUUAUCAAUAGUUGCUGUUAUUUACUUAUCGCUUUUCACUUUAUCACAAUAUUUUGAAUUUAACCUUGAAUCAUUAUUUGAUUUUAAAUGUAGUCACCACUCCCAAAAUUUAACUCAUACUUUUAAACGUUUACCAUACAAACAUUUAAUAGAUUUUGUUGAAACAGAAACAGAAACCGAAUCUAAACCUCCAAAAGAUGUUAUUUCUGUUUCUUAUCCAUAUGUUCCAAGUCCAUUUUAUGGUGAAUCAAAAUUUCAUACUACUUUAAUUAAUCAUACUUAUGGUAAUAGUUAUGAUAAACCUGCAAUUUAUAAAUUUACUCCUCCUUCAAAUUUAUCAUUUGAUGCUGUUGUUUUAACUUUAUUUACUUCAGUUGGUGGUGUUCAAUAUGAUAGAUUAGCUAAUAUUUUUGUUAAUGGUGCUCAAAUUUGGAGAACUUCAACCAUUGAACCAGGUAAUAAUAAGGUACAUUCAAAAUUUAAAAAAGAUGUUUCUUCGUAUGCUAAUUUAUUUAAACAACAUGAAAAGAAUGAAAUUUUAUUUCAAUUGGACAAUAUUGUAAAUGAUAAAUUAACUGGUGAAUUUAAAAUUGUUUUAGUGGCUGAUUUUUAUGAAAAACGUUUCCCACAUCAUCCACCACAUCAUCACAAUGAAUCCGAUCAUGAUCAUAAAAAACUUGAAGCCGAACAUCGUGGAGAACCUUUAGAAUUACCAGAAACUAAAAAACAUAAGAAGAUUGUUUCAUAUGAAGAAUUUGAACCAAAUUGUCAUGGAAAACAUCAUAAUUUUGAUUGGAAACAUAGAAAAGAAGAAGAAUUUGACUCAGAUUCAGAUUCAGAUUCAGAUAAUGAAGGUUUCUCAUUUAAAGGUAUUAGAAAACACCAUGAAGAUGAUGAUGGUGAUAAAAAACCAAAACAUCCAAAAAAACCUAAACAUCCUAAACAUCCAAAGAAACCAAAACAUCCAAAACAUCCAAAACAUCCACCUAAACAUAAAGAUCCUCAUCAUGUUCCUCCUCCACCAACUCCACCAUCACCUCAUCAAAAAUUAUUUCUUACUUCUAAACCAGCUGAUAAAGUUUAUCCAUUAACUUCCAAUAAAGAUAAUCAAGAAGCACCAGUUGCUUAUUUAUCAUCACAUAAGAUUAAGGUUCAAUUGCCAACAGUUUCCAAAAAUACUACUCGUUUAACAGUUUCAGUUUUUACAUCAGGUAAUUCAGCUGAAGAAUUUUGGUACACUAAUGUUCUUGAUCAAUAUACUCAAAUUUUCGAAGAAGAAGGUAAUGAAUUUAUUGGUAAAGGUCCUCUUAGAUUUUUGAAUUUAUAUUUCAAUGGUGAAAAAAUUGGUACACAAACUCCACAACCUGUUAUUUUCACUGGGGGUAUUUCUCCAGCUUUAUGGUCACCAGUUGUUUCAAUUUCAGCAUUUGAUGUUCCAGCAAUUAAUAUUGAUGUUACUGGAUUAUUACCAUUAUUAUGGGAAAAAUCAACAGAUGAAAGAAUUUUAGAAAUUGAAGUUUCAAAUGGUUUAGGUGAAACUGGUCAUGCAGAAAGUAAUAAUGUUAAUGAAAAUUGGAUUACCUCAGCUAAUUUAUUAGCUUAUGAGUCACCAAAAAUUAAAGAUGCAGUUGGUGAAGUUAUUAAUAUUGAUCAUAAGAGUAGAGGUAAAGUUGUUGCAUUUACUCCACCAUUUACUCAUUCGUUCCAACAAAUUGUUUCAGGUAUUUUACAAGCUCAAUUGAUUAGUAAUGUUAAUUUCACAUUAGAUAAUGGUCAUGUCUUAAAUACUACAAUUAGUUCAUACACUAAAGGUGAAAUCUCAAAUGUUCAAAAUUAUGCAAAAUAUGGUGAUUCUCAACAAUUAGUUCAUAUUGGUCAUUCAUCAAGUUCAAUUUUGAUUCAAAAUGCUGAUGUUCCAGAACAUCCAGAUCAUGAUGAUGAACACGAACAUCCACAUCCACAUCCAUUGAAAAAAGGUAAACAACAUAAAAAACAUCAUAAACCACCAUAUCAUUUACCAUUCAAUACAAUUUAUGGUUAUAAUAACUCAGAAAGUUAUCCAUUAAUUCUUUCAAUUGAUCAACAUGAAAAAAAUAUUGAUAAUGAAGAAGAUUUCAUUGUUGACUAUGAUGUAAAGAUUGUUUAUUCAACUGUUAUUGAUACGUUGAUUCAUAAAUUGGGUAGAAUUUUCCAAAAGACUAAACAAGAUGGUAAAUCACAUUUUGUAUUAUCAAAUAAAGGUAAUCAUGGUCAUGGUGCUUUAAAAACUUUAUAUAAAUCACACAUUAAAUUUGGUCCAUUUGAUCAAGGUUAUAGAAGAUUUGUUGAAGCUGUUAAUGGAACAAUUGUAGUUGAUCAUAUUCACGAAAGUAGAGAUCGUUCAAAUGGUCCACCAAAACAUGAUAAACCACAUCAUGAAAAACCACCAAAACAUGAUAAACCACAUCUUGAAAAACCACCAAAACAUGUUAAACCACAUCAUGAAAAACCACCAAAACAUGAUAAACCACAUCAUGAAAAACCACCAAAACAUGAUAAACCACAUCAUGAAAAACCACUAAAACAUGAUAAACCACAUCAUGAAAAACCACCAAAACAUGAUAAACCACAUCAUGAAAAACCACCAAAACAUGAUAAACCACAUCAUGAAAAACCACCAAAACAUGAUAAACCACAUCAUGAAAAACCACCAAAACAUGAUAAACCUCAUCAUGAUAAACCACCAAAACAUUUCAAAAAAGGCAAACAUCCAAAAGGUGGAGAAUUUGAUAUUGUCAAAUAUUCAAUUGAUUUAAUGACUGAUUUACAAAUCAAUAUUAAUGAAAAAGUUCAAGGUGCUAAAUCAUGGUUUAAAGUUAAAAAGCUUAUGAAUAAAGAUCUCAAACAUGGUUUUAAUGUUUUGAAAAAUAAAAUUCAUUAG